AUGUCGACAUUCAACGGACCGCUGCCUCACGAACCAGUUAGCCCUAUCGAAGUUGUCGGGCAACCACACCCAACGAUGGCAAACAACGGCCAGAAUGGCAGAGUUCCCGCAGCACGCAGUUCAUCAGAGUCGACGGCAUCGUCAUUGAAGAGUCCUCGAACAGCCCGGUUUGCAGAAGCGACGUCUGUCCAUUCUCCUAUUGGACCGACUGAGAGCUCGCGAUCCCCGUUCGCAGACCCUCCGGUCCAGACGGCGCCUCAGCACCAUGUGUCCGAUGUUGGCUUUGGAUAUGUUGCGGACAAUGGGCCUUCGCAACAUGCGAAUGUUCCUAUGACGCCGGCUUCCCCGCUGAAAAGCGCUCUGAAGACUCCUGGAACUGCCCGGACAUUAAAUCCUCUUAGCCCAACCUUUCGUGAAGAGUAUAUACUCGAGAAGCAGGAGAAGUUGACGGAGAAGGAGAACGAGAAAGAUCUGAAAGUUAAAACGCGCGUACGGCUAGCCAAGGUGUUUCUACGAUUCGUCAACUUCAGCUGCAGUCUCAUUGUUCUUUCACUCAUGUCGUCUUCUUUCCUGAUAUUCAAUGCGACGAAGAGCCUUCCUCCACGAAACAACCUUCCGCCAUGGGCAGUGGGCACGAAUCCAUGGCCGCAGGUCCUCCUCCUGGUCAUGGCCUCUGUAUCCCUACUCACUUGCUUGGUCGUGUUUUACGGCUAUUGGAAGGGCGGCCAUCGACGCGCAGAGAAAGUAGCGGUUUACUACACCGUCUUCUCUGUCUGCUUCUUCGCCCUCAACACGGUGAUGUGGGUUAUUGGCGCUGCAGUCUUUCAGAAUAGCAAGGCCACUGGCAAUGGAGAAGAUCUCUGGGGCUGGUCGUGCAAAGACAAUGUUCGACGACAAUUAUUCAGCCAGGAAGUGAAGUAUUCGCUUAUUUGCCGUAUGCAGGACUGGGGCCUGGUCUGCGCCAUCAUCGAGAUUGUCAUUGAAUUGAUCGUCAUUCUCAUUCACGCUAUCAUCUUCUACCGCUUCUACAGCAAGCAACGACUGCGAAAAACCAUGGACAUGCGCGACAAAGCCAGAUCCGAUCUAUACUUGGCUCAGCUUCGUACUCAGUCUGCGCCCAACACCCCUGGGUUCGCUCGCACUCCCAAAUCUCCCUUUUUCUCAGCGACGCCAGUGCACGAUCCCUACUCGUCCGCGGAAAACGGCGAGCACUACUCUGUGCAAUAUGCGACUCCGAAAUCUCCUAUGCGAGCCCCGGAGCCCUUCCAGCUGCAACCCCCGCCGAUUCGCGUCCAGCAUGCUACCCCGAGACAACAACAGGAAGGCUUCGACGCUCCGUCGGUACAUACGAGCACACCUUCUCCCCCGCCUGUAGGAGCACCAACACCGCCGCAGGUUGAAAAUAUCAACGAGCACGUGGGUGCCGCACCAGGCGAGAAGACGUACGAAUCCGUACCUAUCCCAGGGGCAUACUCGACCCCAGUAGCGAGCCCUAGCUACCCUCCUCCUGUUCAUGCAGUGCCACAAGGAAAUGCAUCUGAUAUCCAUCCUGGAUUCGGCGGUCGAUAG